AUGCUGCUCCACACGGCUCAGGCCGCCUGCCGCAGCAGCAACGCGCACCGCCACGGCCGCGGCCGCAGCCGGGGCUGCUCCGGAGGCCGGCGUGGCAGCACCGGGCACCUCUGUCCCCGCGGCGCUUCUUUUCGGCGCCCCUGCUGGGGGGCAGGAACGCGGCGCCCCGUGCUGCAGGCGCCCUCCGAGGUGCAGAAGCCCCCUGAGCGGCGCCCGGCGCGUCGCGGCCCGCAGCGGCCCGGGCGCUGCCCCCAGCCCGCGUCCGCCUCGCGGCCCCCUACUUCGGGCACCAUGGACACCUCCCGGCUCCGCGUGCUCCUGUCCUUGCCUGUCCUGCUGCAGCUGGCUGCCGGGGGCGGCUCGCCUCGGUCGGGCGCGCUGCCGCGGGGCUGCCCCGCACACUGUCAGUGCGAGCCCGACGGCAGGCUGUUGCUCCGGGUGGACUGCUCCGACCUGGGGCUCUCGGAGCUGCCCUCCAACCUCAGCGUCUUCACCUCCUACCUAGACCUCAGUAUGAACAACAUCAGCCAUCUGCCCCCGAAUCCCCUGCCCAGUCUCCGCUUCCUAGAGGAGUUACGGCUCGCUGGAAACGCUCUGACAUACAUUCCCAAGGGAGCAUUUGCUGGCCUUUACAGUCUGAAAGUUCUUAUGCUGCAGAAUAAUCAGCUAAGACAGGUACCCACAGAAGCUCUACAGAACUUGCGAAGCCUUCAAUCCCUGCGACUGGAUGCCAACCACAUCAGCUACGUGCCCCCGAGCUGCUUCAGUGGCCUGCAUUCCCUGAGGCACCUGUGGCUGGAUGACAACGCUUUGACAGAAAUCCCUGUCCAGGCUUUCAGAAGUUUAUCGGCAUUGCAGGCCAUGACCUUGGCCCUGAACAAAAUACACCACAUACCAGACUAUGCCUUUGGAAACCUCUCCAGCUUGGUAGUUCUACAUCUCCAUAACAAUAGAAUCCACUCCCUGGGAAAGAAAUGCUUUGAUGGGCUCCACAGCCUAGAGACUUUAGAUUUAAAUUAUAAUAACCUUGAUGAAUUCCCCACUGCAAUUAGGACACUCUCCAACCUUAAAGAACUGGGAUUUCAUAGCAACAAUAUCAGGUCGAUACCUGAGAAAGCAUUUGUAGGCAACCCUUCUCUUAUUACAAUACAUUUCUAUGACAACCCUAUCCAGUUUGUUGGAAGAUCUGCUUUUCAACAUUUACCUGAACUGAGAACGCUGACUCUGAAUGGUGCUUCACAAAUCACUGAAUUUCCUGAUUUAACUGGAACUGCAAACCUAGAGAGUCUGACUUUAACUGGAGCACAGAUCUCAUCUCUUCCUCAAACCGUCUGCGAUCAGUUACCUAAUCUCCAAGUGCUAGAUCUGUCUUACAACCUGUUAGAAGAUUUACCCAGUUUUUCGGUCUGCCAAAAGAUUCAGAAAAUUGACCUAAGACAUAAUGAAAUCUACGAAAUCAAAGCGGAUGCUUUCCAGCAGUUGCUUGCUCUCCGAUCUCUGAAUUUAGCUUGGAAUAAAAUUGUCAUUAUCCACCCUAAUGCAUUUUCCACUUUGCCAUCUCUAAUAAAGCUGGACCUAUCGUCCAACCUCCUGUCGUCUUUUCCUGUAACUGGGUUACAUGGUUUAACUCACUUAAAAUUAACAGGAAAUCAUGGCUUGCAGAGCUUGAUAUCAUCUGAAAACUUUCCAGAACUCAAGGUUAUAGAAAUGCCUUAUGCCUACCAGUGCUGUGCAUUUGGAGUGUGUGAGAACGUCUAUAAAAUUUCUAAUCAAUGGAAUAAAGGUGACAACAGCAGUAUGGAUGACCUUUAUAAAAAAGAUACUGGAAUGUUUCAGGUUCAAGAUGAGCGGGACCUUGAAGAUUUCCUGCUUGACUUUGAGGAAGACCUGAAAGCCCUUCACUCAGUGCAGUGUUCACCUUCCCCAGGCCCCUUCAAGCCCUGUGAACACUUGUUCGGUAGCUGGCUGAUCAGAAUCGGAGUGUGGACCAUCGCCGUUCUGGCCCUCACCUGUAACGCCUUGGUGACUUCCACAGUGUUCAGAUCCCCUCUGUACAUCUCCUCCGUAAAACUGUUGAUCGGGACGAUCGCAGCGGUGAACGUGCUCACGGGAGCCUGCAGUGCGGCGCUGGCUGGUGUGGAUGCCUUCACUUUUGGCAGCUUUGCACGACACGGUGCAUGGUGGGAGAACGGGGUCGGUUGCCAAGUCAUUGGGUUUUUGUCCAUUUUUGCCUCAGAAUCAUCCGUUUUCCUGCUGACUCUGGCAGCCCUGGAGCGUGGGUUCUCUGUGAAAUGUUCUGCAAAAUUUGAAACGAAAAUUCCCUUUUCCAGCCUGAAGGCAGUCAUUCUGCUCUGCACCCUGCUGGCCCUGGCCCUGGCCGCGGUGCCCCUGCUGGGCGGCAGCCAGUACAGCGCCUCCCCGCUCUGCCUGCCCCUGCCCUUUGGGGAGCCCAGCACCACGGGCUACAUGGUGGCACUGGUCCUGCUCAACUCCCUGUGCUUCCUCGUGAUGACCGUCGCCUACACCAGGCUCUACUGCCAUUUGGAAAAGGGAGACCUGGAGAAUAUCUGGGACUGUUCUAUGGUGAAGCACAUUGCCCUGUUGCUCUUCACCAACUGUAUCCUUUACUGCCCCGUGGCUUUCUUGUCCUUCUCCUCUUUAUUAAACCUCACAUUUAUCAGCCCUGAAGUAAUUAAGUUCAUCCUUCUGGUGAUUGUCCCACUUCCUGCAUGUCUCAAUCCCCUUCUCUACAUCCUCUUCAAUCCCCAUUUUAAGGAGGAUCUGGGGAGCCUGGGAAAGCAAACCCACCUCUGGACGAGAUCGCCACACCCGAGCCUGAUGUCUAUCAACUCUGAUGAUGUCGAAAAACAGUCCUGUGACUCGACCCAAGCCUUAGUGACCUUCACCAGCGCCAGCAUAGCCUACGACCUGCCUUCUAAUUCCGUGUCCCUGCCGGCUUAUCCAGUGACCGAAAGCUGCCAUCUUUCAUCUGUGGCAUUUGUCCCAUGUCUCUAAUGUAUGAGAGAAAAAGUUUUCAAAAGUUGAAAACCGGAAAAUGUGAGAUUGAGCUCAUCAGGGCAGUAGCUGAGAAGACCUGAGUUGAAACUUGGUUUAAAAACCAAAAAAUAAAAAUAAAAAACUCUCAGUGUAAAAAAGCUGAAAACCUAUUGAUACUUGAGAGUAAAAUACGUCUAAAUGCUGCUUGUAUAAUUUGUUUAGUUAAGGGAUAGAUCAUUCACACUAUUUAGGUGAGCCCAGAUCAAAAAAGCAGAUUGAAAUGUUCUUCAAAAAUGAUUCUCUGUGAUUUUACUUGCAUUCUUUUUAAACUCACCAAUGUAAUUAUUUGGGGAUGGGGGUGAGAACCCACUUGCUUCUAAAAUGGGUUUAUUUUUUAAGGUAGUAUCCCGAAAACUCCUUAAAAGAUGGUUGGAGGUAUGAGGAAAAUAAGGAUUUUAAAUGGCCCUACAUUACUAAGUGAAGGGUUUUGACCCAUAGGAUUUCAUGUUAAUGGCCAUGUGGAGAUGUUUUAGUCCUCAUUUGCCUUUUCUCAGAAAGGACCCUUCCCAGUCACCAAUCCCUUGGAGGGACAAUGUAAGGCAUUAUUAACUCACUCAUAUUCAGAUUAUAUUUAGAGAUACCAGGUUUUAUGUAUCAGUACUAAAUGGUUCUACCCUCAAUGGAAUAAAACAGCUUACAAAUAUUUUGAAAGGAAGAUUAACUGAAAUUCUUAAAUUGCUAUUAAGGAAAUCAUGUACAGGUGAAGUUUGUCUUGUCUAAUUCGUUUUUCACUCCUUGCUCUUUGGUGCCCAAAGCUCAGAAGGAAAGUCUGUUGCCAGCAACGGACAUACUUUAAAAAGAUAGUAAGCAACCUGGGACUUUGUUUUUCCUGAGUGAGUACAUAUUUUUGCAAGAGGUUUUAUGAGUUGAUUCAAAUGAACAUGCAUCUUAAGAUAACAAUCAAAUGCAGACACAACAUAAAUUAAUUCCACUGAUGUAACUUCUCACACAUGUGUCUCUAGGAGCUCUUGUAAACCCAAUAUCUGACACCAUUUGGAUUCAACAGAGACUCAGUAACAUAUUAUCCUGUUUAUUUAGCUUGGUUUUAGCUGUGUUCUCUCUGGAUCAACCCACUUGAUGUCAGGAACAUUACUUCUCUGCUUAUUCCAUAUUAAUACAUGUAUUUGGUAUUUUAAGAGGCAAAUUAUUAAAUAUUAAAAGUCAAAGUAUUAAUUCUUAACUUCUUUUAUCCUACAUUAGCUUCAAUACAUCCAAACCAAAUGGGUGUUAGUUAGAUUUAUUUUUAUAUAAUCAUGUUUAUUUUGAUCAGAUAUUUUAACUUGGAAUUGAAAAAGUACAUUUAUGAGAUGUUUUAUAAAAUGUGUAAAUAUAGAACUGUAUUUAUUACUAUAGUUGAGAUUCAGUAACAUUAAGGACCAUGAUAAUAAACCAUGUACAGUGGCAUAUUCUUCCAUAUAUAUUGUAUUUCUCUGCUCAUUCUCUUUAAAUUCAUUAACUGUAUAUAUGUAAAUAUAUAGUACUUGUAAAUAGAUUCCAAAUUUGCUUUUCUAUUGGGUACAAAAUAAAUUUGUAAUAAAAUGUGUGACUAAAAAACAAAA